AACGAUGAUUCUCAGCCAUGUAAUAAUUCGAUGACCAACUAUGCAGCUAUUUCAACAGAAGAAAAUAAUAUAGAGACACAACUUGAAACAACAGCAACUGAAGUACUUAUUGAUAUUGAUAGAGCACAUUUAGCAUGUAUCACUGCUUCUGUCGACCACAUUGAAAGCUCAAAAGGUAUGCAUGACUAUUAUUGUACAACGUAUACGAGGUAUAAAAUUGCAAAUACUAAUCAUGUAAAUAUUUUAGAAAACAUUGUCAAUCCACAAGUGGAGAAAUUAGAAGCAACAGGAAUAAUAUUUGUUGACAUGGGUACCCUUCCUGCUGAGGAAUCUUCUAGUAAUUGCCAAACUGACAUUUCAAAAGGAAACAUUGUGUAUUCACAACUUGAGGAAAAAAUAACAGAAGUGAUUGAUAUUGCUAGUCUGGACGUUUAUAUUUUACCUGAAGGCGAAUUAGUAACUAAUAAUUUAGUAGACCAGACAGAUGUAGCAGAAGAUGAAUUAGUAACUAACAAUUUAGUAGACCGGACAGAUGUAGCAGAAGGUGAAUUAGUAACUAAUAAUUUAGUAGACCAGACAGAUGUAGCAGAAGAUGAAUUAGUAACUAAUAAUUUAGUAGACCAGACAGAUGUAGCAGAAGAUUAAUUAGUAACUAAU